AAACCAAGAUAAUGGAGACAUCAAAUAUGUGGCUACUCGGCCUUCUUUCUUGAAAAUGCUCGUGUAUUAGAAAAACAAAAAUCAACAAAACCUGUGGCAGACUUUUCUAUAUGAAAAAGAACUAGAUAAAGAUAAAAUUUUGUCUCUCCAAACUUUUUCUCCAAUUUAUAAAACCUUAUCCACAUUCACAAAGUCUAUACUCCAUUUAAUUACUUUAAGUACAAUGCACACACACAUAUAUGCAUAUUGUGUGUGCUAUCAUUAUCCAUAUAUAUGCAUUAGUCCACCAUUUCCUACCAACUGUAUGCCCUUGGAAGAUUCCUUGAAACUUUAAAAUUCUUAUUUCUGUCAACAUUUUUCAUUAUAUAAACUCCUUUUUCCAUCCCUUAUCAUCCUCCAUUUUUCCUCAUCCACAUUUCUUAGUCAAAACCCACAAAACUUACAUCAUUUGAUCAUAUAGUAGCCAUGAUUCCCAUGCAAACUCCAUUAGUUUCAUGCAAAAAUCUUCUCUUAAUAUGAGUGGUGUAGUUACAGCAUUCUUGUCCAGAAUUAGGCUUCUCCAAUCAUUCUCGGUAGUUUUCUUAUACUGGUUUUAUGUUUUUUCAUGAGCAAAAAAUAUUAACAUAUAUACCAUCUUCUUAAUUAAACCAUAUAGAUUAAUCCCUGAACAAGAACAAAAAAAAAAGAAAAAAAAAAAAGCAAGCAUAUCUCUGUCCAUUCCUUGCAUCACAACAAGCCCAGAAAAAAAAAUGUCAUCCAUAAACAUCUCGAGUUCAUCGGAAGACGACGGAAACUGCAGAUAUGCAGCCAUCGCAGACGACAAGAAGAGGAAGAGGAUGAUCUCAAACCGCGAAUCGGCGCGGCGCUCGAGGAUGAAGAGGGAGCAGCAUAUGAAGGAUCUGAACGAUCAGAUCACGUAUUUCAGAUCCAAGAGCGGCGAGAUUGCGAGGAGGAUCGAAGAGAUAGGGCGGCGCUACGCGGCGGUGGAGGCGGAGAACAGAGUCUUGAGGUCGCAUGGGCAAGAGCUGAAGAAGAGGCUGCUGUUGUUAGAGGAAAUGGCGGCUUCUUACAAGAGCAGCAGUGCUCGUUGCAUUGUGGAAGAAGACGAGGACGAUGACUGUUUUGUGAUGGAUGUUUUGCAAGAUCCUCAUCACGAACCAUGGCUGCACCCGCCUUUUCAAUCUCAGACUGUUGAUGGAAUUUACCAGUUUUGAAACACGCACAGAUACACGUGUGUGUGUGUGUGUUCUGGUGAAUGUAUGUUGAUAACUCUUAAAUUAAUUAUGCAAAAUGUGCUUUUUGCAUUGUUGUAAGUUUUUCUGUUUUCUCAUAUAGUAAUUUUUCAUUUUCAUGUUUGUGACCGCAAAAGGGAAGGGUAGCAGUUCUAUUUUCACUUCUAUAACAUACUGGAGUAUAUUUUUCUGUA